GUCGCUCAAUCUGCACCUUGUCUCCACUGCCCCUGUCUACUUUCAUUCAUAAAUUACAUGCAUAAAACCAUUUUUAAAACCAUUGACCUUAUUCAAUUUACAUGGUUAUAUAAAAAUGUUUUUUUUUUUUUUUUUUUUUUAAAAUUUUAUUUAAGGCAGUUAUAUAAAAAGUUAUAGUUGAGGGUAGCCAACGAAAAAGUAAAAUAAUGAUAGGGUUAAACAAAAAUAAAAAAAAUAAUGAUAUUGUCCAUAUGUUGAAGAAAUAAAAAGUAACCAUUACAAAGCCGUGCGCCCAUACCUUCUUCCUCGACGUUCUCAAUUGAAGCGCACUCAACGUUCUCCAUUGAAGCGCAGUUAACGUUCUCCGUUGAAUCGCACGGCGCCUUCUAAUAGUUGUAUCCCCCAUUGAAGCAGCUUCGAAGGUAAACUUAAUUGCUCAUUUAGAUUAGAUUGGGGAUUAUUGAGGGGGCUUUGGCAGUGAUAUCAAUGAGCUCUAGAUCGAAAAAUUUUCGUCGUCGAGUAGGUGAUGACAAUGAAGAUAAUGAAACUAGCGGUAGUGGGGAUCCAUCUAAAACUCCCACAAAGCCAUCUUUGAACAAAGCUGCAACUUCUAUUAAUAAACCAAAGAAAAGCCACCAAAAGCUUCUUAGUUUUGCUGAAGAUGAAGAAAAUGAGACCCCAUUUUCUCGUCCGCAAAAAUCUUCCUCAUCCCGUCUUUCCAAGUCCAGUUCCUGUCAUCAUAUAACAUCUGUCAAGGAUCGUCGUGGGUCUUCUUCGACUUCACUUCCCUCCAACGUUCAACCUCAAGCUGGCCAAUAUACAAAAGAAGCCCUCCUUGAGCUCCAAAAGAAUACCAAAACCCUUGCUAGCUCUAGGCCAAGACCGGCAGCAUCAGACACGAAACCUAGUUCUUCCUCAGAGCCUGUGAUUGUUCUCAAGGGUCUUGUCAAACCAGUUCUAGAAACUGGAAGUGCUGUUGAUGAGUUCAAUGAAGACAAACCUUCAAGAAAAGAAGAAAAUGCUUCUCUGACGAGGGAGAAGGAUAUGGAUCUCCUAGAUCAAGCAACGAUUAAUGCUAUACGAGCAAAGAGGGAAAAACUUCGUCAAUCACGGGCUGCAGCACCAGAUUAUAUAUCAUUGGAUUCUGGAAGCAAUCAUGGAGCUGCUGAGGGGUUAAGUGAUGAGGAACCAGAAUUCCAAACUCGAAUUGCAAUGUUUGGUGAGAAAAUAGAUGGUCCCAGAAAGGGUGUAUUUGAGGAUGUAGAUGAAAGACCAGUGCGCGCUGGACAGAGUAGUCUGGAAGAUGAUGACGAUGAUGAGGAAGAGAGAAAAUGGGAAGAGGAGCAGUUUAGGAAAGGUCUGGGCAAGAGAAUGGAAGAAGGACCUACCGAAGUUAGCAGAAAUGCAUCAUCUAUUCAACCUCAAAGUUACAUGUACGCAUCACCAAUUUCUCAUCCAUCUGUUGCCAGUAUUCCUGCUGGGCCACCCAGCAUUGGAGGGGCAAUUGGUGGUGUAAAGGGUGCUGGGACAAUGUCCAUAUCUCAGCAGGCUAAAAUUGCCAAACAAGCUUUUCAAGAUAACUUGAAGAGACUUAAGGAAACACAUGCAAAAACCAUGACUUCACUGGCUCGUGUUGAUGAAAGUUUAUCUGCAUCACUGACGAAUAUCACUGUGCUUGAGAAGUCUUCAUCUGAUGCUGGAGAGAAAUAUAUAUUUGUGCAAAGACUUCGUGACUUUGUUUCUGUCAUAUGUGACUUCUUGCAGCAUAAAGCUCCUUACAUAGAGGAACUUGAAGAACAUAUGCAGCAACUCCACAAGAAACGUGCUUUGACUAUCUUUGAAAGACGAGCUGCUGAUAAUGAUGAGGAAAUGGCAGAAGUGCAAGCAGCUGUAGAUGCAGCUAUGUCAGUUUUAGGAAAGGGUGGUGGCAAUGCUGCUACAGUUGCUGCCGCCACUAGUGCAGCUCAGGCUGCAGCUGCUACCAUCAAGCAACAAAAAACCUUUCCGGUGAAGUAUGAUGAAUAUGGUAGAGAUGAAUAUUUGCAAAAGCGUUUGGAUAUGGCUCGGAGGGCUGAUGCUCGACAGCGUAGGAGAUCUCGUUUAGAUAUUAAGAGAAUGUCAUAUGUUGGAAAUGACAACUCCUAUCCAAUGGAGGGUGAAUCUAGCACUGAUGAGAGUGACAGUGAGAGUGAAGCUUAUAAGUCAAAUCGUGAUUUGCUGCUUCAGACAGCUUCAGAAGUGUUCAGUGACGCAGCUGAAGAAUAUUCCCAACUUUCUUCAGUUAAAGAAAGAUUUGAAAGGUGGAAAAGAUUGUACUUGGAUAGUUAUCGUGAUGCUUAUAUAUCAUUGAGCAUUCCAUCUAUCUUCUCUCCAUAUGUGAGAUUAGAGCUGUUAAAGUGGGACCCUCUACAUGAAGAGGUUGACUUUUUUGACAUGAGAUGGCAUUCUCUACUCUUUGAUUAUGGUGUUCCAGAAGAUGGAAGUGACUUUAGUCCUGAUGAUGCAGAUGCUGAUCUAGUCCCUGGAUUAGUGGAGAAGGUGGCACUUCCCAUAUUGCAUCAUGACAUAGCUCACUGCUGGGAUUUGCUUAGUAGUAGAGAGUCAAAGAACGCUGUUUCAGCAACAACCUUAAUCAUCAACUACAUUCCUGCCUCAAGUGAGGCCCUCAAGGAACUUAUAGCUGCCAUUCGUACUCGGCUAACUGAAGCAGUUGCGAAUCUUGUGGUUCCUACGUGGAGUACAGUUGCUAUGAAAGCUGUGCCAAAUGCUGCAAGAAUUGCAGCAUAUCGAUUUGGUGUGGCAAUUCGAUUGGUAAGGAACAUCUGCAUGUGGAAAGAUAUACUUGCUUUGCCGGUUUUGGAGAAGCUUGUUCUUGAUGAACUUUUGGGUGGAAAAAUACUUCCGCAUGUUCAAAGCCUUAUUCCUGAUAUUCAUGAUGCAAUUACUAGAACCGAGAGAAUAAUUGCUUCACUAAAUGGGGUGUGGUCCGGUGCAAGUGUUGCAGCUGCACGCAGUCACAAGUUGCUGCCGCUGGUUGAUUAUGUACUGAAGCUUGGGAAGACUUUGGAGAAGAAGCAUGCAUCAGGACUGCUGGAGAGUGAAACUGGUGUCCUUGCCCGGCGUCUGAAGAAGAUGCUUGUUGACCUGAAUGAGUAUGAUAAGGCCAGAGCAAUUUUAAGAACUUUUCAUCUCAAAGAAGCUCUAUAAUCUUGUCUUCAGUUAUCUAGGGUUUUUUUUUAUUUGUUUUUUUUUUUUUUUUUUUUUUUUUUAAUUUUUAUUUUUAAAAUACAAUAUAUACAUAUAUACUAAUAGAAUACUUUCCUCUAAGUUUUCCAUUGGAACUGUGAAAUAUAUACAGAGUACAACAGAGGGAGUGAUAUUAUAGUAAGAGAUCAAACACAUCGGCCAUGUUUAGUUCACCUUAUAAACAUCGUGCUUGUCAAAAAAGCCUAGAAUACUACUCGUAUUCUUUUUUCUUCUCUGACUUCCUUUAAUGUGAAAAUAGGAGGU